GGUCUUGUCUCUCUCUCUAGCUAUGGCGAGGAGAGGCCGACCGAAGAAUAAUCGGGACCCAAAUACUCCAGUAAACUACAUGAAACCAACACCAACACCUUCGCAGAGUAUCCUUGAGGUUGAUCCGUCCACAGCACAAAAGGGGGAAGAGGAACAAUCUAAGGGAGAGGAACAAGAUAAAGACGAACAAGAACAGGUAACCCUAGAUCCAUUAAAAGCAAAAUCAUACGCAGAAAUUGUGGGAGAUAAAGAGGAAUUAGACUGUAAACUGAGCUUUAUUGAUACAGUUGAACGCAAUGGGCACAAAACAGCAAACUUAACUCAAAAAGAUAUAGUCGAGCAUACAUCUUAUUGGGAGGCUGCAAUCCUAGUCUGUAUAUUGGGAGCGAAUCCUCCUAUUGGGAUAGUAGAAGGGUUCGUUCAUAGGAUCUGGAAACAAUACAGCAUACAGGAUGUUACCCUAAUGAAGCCGGGGCAAUUUGUGGUCAGAUUUGAGAAGGUGGAAGAUCAAGAAGAGAUCCUUAAGAGAAAUUAUUAUUAUUUUGAUAAUAAACCAGCCUAUGUGAGGAAAUGGCAACCUUGUAGUAAAGUUAAUCUGGAUGCCCUUAUAGAUAUCCCAAUCUGGAUUCAACUACCAGAUUUGGAAAUCAAAUUUUGGACAAAGACAUGGCUGAGCAAGAUUGGGAGUUCUAUUGGAAAACCCAUAAGAGCAGUUAAAACCACUAUAUCAAGGACCAAGCUGAAUUUCGCUAGAAUACAGAUAGAAGUGAGCACGAACCAGCAGCUCCCGGAGGAGAUUCAGUUUGAGGAUGAUAAGGGGAAGAUUAUGUCUCAACAGAUACAAUAUGAAUGGUGCCCAACUAAAUGUACACACUGCAAGGGUCUGGGACAUCAAGAAAAAUCCUGUAAAAAGAAGACAUAACCAAAGAAGAAUAUGAUAUGGAAGAAAAAAGAGAAUGCCAACCACAGAUCACCUCAGGAACAAGAUGAGGAAGGUGAGAAAAAAGAAAAGGGGGAAGAAGGUAAACCUGAGGAGGAGGGAAAAGAGGCAAGCCUAGUGGAAGAGGGAUCAAUAAACCCAACCAAACAGGGAGUCACUCAUGAUCUAGUAGAAGGCUUCAUUGAAGGGAGCAAGAGGAAAGCUAGCAGAAGACUUAGUCUGGGGAAAUGAGUAUGAGAAGUCAUAUGGUAUUGAGAUACAUAAAUCACUAAUGGAAAUCCCAUACUUGGGGCACUAUCCCUUUCUGUCAUGAUUAGCAGCAGGAAUAUAAGAGGGCUUAAUAGCCCUAAUAAACAGAUGGAGUAAAAAAAGUUUAUUAGGAGUAAUAAGGUUGGCCUAAUGGGAGUACUGGAAACAAAAAUAAGGCAGGAGAAGUAUGCCAAAAUAAAAGAGAAAUUAUUACAGGGUUGGAACUAUUAUAUCAAUAGUGAUCAUCAUCAUCUGGGCAGAAUCAUGGUAAUGUGGGAUCCUACAAGAUUCAGUGUUCUUAUCAAUAAAGCUUGUGAUCAAGCUGUACACUGUCUGGUUAGAAGAAUGGGGAAGAGCACAGAGGAAGAGAUCACCUUCAUAUAUGGGCAUAAUGAGAAUGAUAAAAGAAGGGAAUUGUGGAAAUUCUUACAAGAGACACAAAAUCAUAUCAAAGGAGCUUGGUGUAUCCUUGGAGACUUCAAUGCAAUCCUAUCCACUAAGGACAGAAUAGGAGGUCUCCCUGUAUGCAAAGAAGAUACAGUGGAUUUUGAGAACUGCUUGAGAAGUUGUGAACUGGAAGAACUACAGUAGGACUUCACUACACAUGGUCUAACAAACAGGAGGCAGGGAAAAGGUCCUAUCUAAAUUGGAUAGGGCUUUUGGUAACAUGAACUAGCUGCUAAAUAAUAAUACUAAGAUCAAGAUAUUAGAAGAAGGCAUUUCUGAUCAUACCCCUCUACUUCUAACUCAGGUAGAUUUGCAGGUAAAGAAAGGAGUAUUUAGAUACUGUGAUAUGUUGAGUACAAACCCUGAAUUUCAACAAAUGGUGGAGAGAAUUUGGAGGAUAGAAAUAGAGGGAAAUAGCAUGUACCAGCUAACUCAAAAGCUGAGGAUGCUGAAGCAGCCUCUAAGGCAUCUGCAUAGAGGAAGAUUCUCUGACAUACAUAAAAAAUGUGAGGAGGGCAGAGCUAAACCGGUAGAAAUACACAAUGCACUGAGUAAGAACCCUCUAAACCCUGAACUGAUGGAGAAGGAAAAUAGGGAGAGAAAGGAAUUCCAACAGAAUCUGAGAGCAUCUUACUUAAUAAAAUGUCAACAUCUCAAGCAAGCUUGGCUGAAGGAAGGGGAUCAAAACACAAAAAUGUUUCAUGCCUGGGUGAAGAAAAGGAGGAUACAAAAUCACAUCAGUUUUUUACUUAAUGACAAAGGGGAAAAAUUAGAAGGAACAACAUAGGUGGCCAAAGAGAUGACCAGAUUCUAUACUAAAUUGCUAGGGACCAGUACUUAUACAAGUGAUACUGAUGAGGAUGUGCUUAAGGAGCGGAAAAUACUAAACAUUAGACAACAAAUGGAGUUGCUAGAGAAGAUUACUCCCCAACAAAUCAAAGAAACACUAUUUGAGAUACCAAAUGCAAAGAAUCCAGGACCAGAUGGAUACAUUAGUGGUUUCUAUAAAAAUCAAUGGAACCAGGUGGG